UAAAAAAUCGCGGACAACCGUUUCGAACUUUUGCAGAUUGAAAAAGUGUAAUUAACACGAUUAAACUGGUUUUUAUGGGAAAAUAUUUUAAAGCAACAAUUUUCUAAUAUUGAAAUUAUAAUAUAAAAUACUUAAGAAAAUAGUGUGACAGUUUUACACAUAUUUUGGAAGUGUGGAAAUGAAAGAUUCAAUGACAAUAAUAACUCCUUCGCCAACAUCCGCUAGUGGUCAGCAGCAAAAAAUGUCUAAUUUAAAACCGAACCGUUCGCGUUUUAUGAUUAACGAUAUUCUAGCUGGUAGUGCCGCCGCUGCUGCUGCCGUUGAGGCAGCUAACGCAGCCAGUGUAGCGGCGGCUGCUGCAUUCUAUAAACAUCAACAACAACAACAUAUAAGCAACAACAAUCUCAGCGGUAACAGCAUUGGAGCUCCGCUGUCGUAUACACAGCCUUCACAGCCAACACUGGAAUCUUCAAUGCAUGUGCAACAGCCUCCGCCACCACCAACUGCACUAACACAUCACUCUGCACAUUUGCAACAUCAAUUGCAAAUACAUCAUUCCCGAACCCCACCAAAUACCCUAAUACCAUUGCAUAAUCAAGCUCCCGUUAACGCUGCGGCAACCGCUGCAGCGGUUGCUCAUAAAAUUCAUUUUCCCGUCGGCACAACACAAAUUGGCUCAAAUGGCCUAAAUGUGGCACAAUAUGCAGCUGCCAUGCAACAACAUUACGCAAAUGCUGCUGCCGCCGUACGCGAACUUGAUAACAAUAGCGAUUACCAGGACAACGACGAUUGCGACAGUGAAGUCGGCAGUGGCGGCCACCUGGACGACAACAGUGUUUGUAGUAAUGGUGCUAAGGACGAGGACGGGAACAGUGUCAAAAGUGGGUCUACUAAUGACACUCAUAGUUUAAGUAAAAAGCAGCGUAAAGCCCGCACUGCAUUUACGGAUCAUCAAUUGCAAACUCUUGAAAAAUCUUUUGAAAGGCAGAAGUAUUUAAGCGUGCAAGAGAGACAAGAGCUUGCUCACAAACUUGACCUAAGCGACUGUCAAGUUAAGACUUGGUAUCAAAAUCGUAGAACAAAAUGGAAACGUCAAACUGCGGUUGGUUUAGAGCUUCUAGCCGAAGCUGGAAAUUUCGCAGCUUUUCAACGACUCUAUGGCGGAACGCCCUAUUUGGGAGCAUGGUCCUAUCCAGGCUCACAGUCACCACACGGUGGCCCUGCCCCCUCGAGUAUUGAUUUGUACUACCGCCAAGCUGCAGCUGCAGCCGCAAUGCAAAAGCCACUUCCUUACAAUUUAUAUACAGGAGUUCCCAGCGUAGGACCACUUACAAGUGUGCCCGUAUCUGCCACGUCACCUUUCUCACAUCUCGCCGCUUCCAGUUCAUUAUCUUCAUUAAGCAGCUACUAUCAAAGCGCCUCAGUGGCAGCUAUGGCUGCUGCAGCUGGCACAUCUUCUGGUACUAAUUGUAUUGCUGUCGACAAGCCAAUCACUUCACCAUCAUUAGCGGUCAUAGCAACAGCAGCUGCACCCGGACCUCAAAGUAAUGUGACGAAUGAUCAGCGAUGCACAUCACAUUCUCCCACGCAGCAAUCGCCUUUAAGACAUUUUGAGAACGCUCGCUCUCCCAGUCCUACUCUUAAUCCAGGAAGCCCACCAGGGCGAUCAGGUGAUAAUUCGCAGCUCCAGUCUGACGACGAGGAUCAAAUCCAAGUGUGAGUUUGAAAUUAGCCUAAUUAUUAAACGUUAAAUACUUCUUCUUUUAUGAAUUCAUAUGCAUGUAAAUAUAAUAUGUAUUAUAAGUACAUACAAUUCAUAAAAAUAUAUAAUUUCAUUGUAGGUAAUUUUAGUAGGCCCAUACGUUGAGGUACAUAUAUUAUAUGUACAUAUACACAUGUCGGUCUCUAUUUUUUGGCAAUUUACUCUUGUAUUUUCGCUACUGUAAUAAGUUAAUCAAUUAUACAUUCGCCGUUGCUGUUUACAAGCUAUUCCCGCCUCUAGACCAUUUUGUUGAUGUCGUUCCGCCAAAAAUCGCUUAGUCUGGUGUCAAAGAAGUUGUUGAGCCAGUUUUUAAGGUCCUCUUUGUUAUCGAAGGUAACACCCUUCAUAUGGUUUGACAGGGAGCGGGAAAGAUGGUAAUCGGUCAGUCCAAGGACCGCAGAAUACGGCGAAUGCUGAAAGACCAUCCAUUCGAGCUCUUGGAGUGCGGUUUUGACGACUUGUGCAACACGGAGCCUGGCGUUGUCGUGAAGGAAUAUGGUUUGACCAUGUCGAUCAGGUCUUUUCAGUCGAAUAGCCUUAUUCACGCGGUUUAGCUGGGCUAUGCUGAGAAGGCGACUUCCUUUGUUUUUUCGUUCAUUCAUGUAAUUAGUUCAUCCAUAUUAACCAAUUGAAAAUUGCGAAAUAUCCAUUAUACGAUCUUUGAUGGUCAAGUUGAAAAUAUUAUAGCGUGCGCAAGGAAUUACUUGAUUACCAAUCAGCUGCACCGUUCUUUAGUUUGGUGCGGACAAAUUUAAUUUUGGUUUUUCCGUGGCACCCGAUUCCAGCCCUAAUCAUAACGCUGCUUUUAUCGAUUCCGGAGUAUCUUCUAUUUUUUACGAAAGGCAUGCUAAUAAUUUUCAACCCAUCUGGACUACCUGAAUACUUUUUUGUAUAUUAUCUUCUAAGUAAUACGUUUCUCUCCAAUUGCAAUUCAGCCAUUUUGUGUGCUUGCAUUUUAACAACUUAGAUUUUUUAAAUGAGUAGUGUUUAUUCUUAAUACCGGGCUCAGCCGCGAUUCCACGAGCAGUCAUAUAUGAGCCGUCUUCGAUUCGCCACUUCUUUGUUCAAUUAAUGAACAAAUUUUAUGUGGAGGCAACAACAAAGUCGAGUAAGAUUCACAACUCGCUACAUUCAAUGUUGCCAACUCUCUUUUCUGAUAUUAGGCAAGCUUCAUUAGGUCGCGCUCAUAAAGGUAACCUUUUGCUGCUUUAACUUUGCGAAUUCUCCUUUAGUGUUCCCCGUCGACAACACUAAGCGUGUUGACCGAGCACGAUAAACUCUGUAUACCUCUUCUUUCCUCGUCUUCAACUUUUCCCCGAGUGCUUCCAAACAAAUGUAAUUUUCGGGCACUCUUUUGCGAUGCUGCCAACAUAUGUUUAUUUAUGCCAGUUGCUUUACCUAUUCGCCACUCGCUAACGCAUGGUGGAUCGAAGACGGCUAUAAAUUAGCGGCUAUUCCUUUUCCCUUUUACUUAUACUACGUGAGCAUCCUGGACUAUGUCCUUGGGAAAGUUCAUAACUUAUUUUUUGUUUCUUCUUACAGUAUUUGAAAACAGACACCUCCCAAUUUUGUCAACAAAAUUUUGUAUCUCAUUUAUUUCAUCAGUGGAUCACUUUUUACCAAACCCAUGCCCGAUUUACAACUAAAAAUAUAUCACAUAAUUUAAACUUCAUUUCAUGAGUAACUUAACCAUUUUACGACGGCUAAUAUCACCGCUUUUUGCUUUCUAAAAUUCAACUGCUCGUGUAUGGUUCCAAAGAGUGGUAUAUUUUUUUCGAAUGAAUAAUUUCGUUUUUGCAUUACAGUUACAGUAGUUAAAAGAUCAGUAAUAGCUGAAAAAUUUAGUUCUAGUUUUUUGGCGAAUCUUAUGUAUGUACUAUGUAUGGAAAAGCAUGUAAAGAUUUCGCACAGAAAAUGUGUACGAGUAUGAUACGAGUAUUGAUUAGGGCAAAAUACGCCAAAAUCUCCUAUAGUGUUUUGAAACUUAAUUCUUAAGGAAAAAACUUCUUUUUGUGUGAAUUUGCAAUAUUGAUAAAACUAAUAUAACAGUAAUGAUAUUUAUGUAUUAAAUGUAUUUAAGAUUUAUAGCCAAGGCAAUAGUGAAAUAAGCGUAACUAAGUAUAAUAAUUGAAUAUUUAAAAUGUAUAAGAAGCCUUUCCAAUGUAAAGAUGUAUUUACUAUAUUUUUCAUUUUAUUUUAAUAUCUA